UCAACAGCCUACCCGCUGUCUGAUUGGUCGUUAUGAUUCCGGGGAGCUCAGACGUGGCGGCGGCCGCCCUGGGAACGGCCUUCUCCCUCCUGCUCUGUGCCUCAAUUAUUCAAGGGCGUCAGGAGGCGGAGGGGUUAAAGUUUGAAAGGAUGGAGGCAGUAGCUGGCCAGAACGUCACCUUGCCUUGCACGAUAAAAAAGAUCCCCGAUCUCAAGAUCGUCAAUAUCGUCAGUAUCGAAUGGAGGAAGAACAAACCCCAGGGCACAAAGCUGGCUCUGUACAGCCCGGGUAAAGAACUGGUUCUGUUUUGGCCUAACAUCACCAUGCAGGUUAACAACACGUCUCUCUCCUCUCUUCAACUCUACGGGGUGACGACCCAGGACAGCGGUAUCUACAUUUGUGACAUUGCGAGUUAUCCUCAGGGCUCCUUCCGGAGGAGAAUACAGCUAGAGAUCAAAGAUGAUGUUGACAUAAAGUGUGAUGCGGAGAGCGCAGUCGAGGUCCACUCUGGAGGAAAUGUGACCAUAACGUGCAGAACGAUGAUCCCUGAUGCAAAGUACACGUGGACCAAGAACAAGGCGCUGGUGUCAGACAAUGAAUCUCUGGAGCUGCGGUGUGUGUCUGAGGCUCACACGGGGGUGUACACACUGACUGUCAGCAGCACAGGAAACGCACGUCUGCAGAAAGAGUUUACCGUCACCGUGCGAACAGCAACCACAAGCUUCAGUAGAGAUCUUGUGACGGUGCCAGCACAGUCCAACGUAACGGAGGAGGGCCUCGCCACAUCACAGUCCAACGUAACGGAGGAGGGCCUCGCCACAUCACCCACCAAUGGGCUUUCAACAACUGACGCCUAUGUAACUCGGACCGUGAAUAUGAGCGCUGCUGUAACAGAUGAGAAUCCAAACGCCAUAAAUGUCACAGCUGAAGACCCCAUGACCUCCUUCACCAAUACACACGUCAGUGUCGCGCCAUCCCCUCUCACACACACCGACCCGUAUCGUUUGAACAACUCCGAUGAGCGGGAGAUACGCCCAACUCGCGAUUCUAACACGGUCCCUCUAUCUGACCAAUCGGUGGCCUUCAAUCUAUCCACAACAUUAAGUUACGGUCACGAGGUUUUCAGAUCAACGUAUGAGACGACGAAUGAGUCCAUGGGAGGAAAUCCUGCCGCGCCCCCGACUCUGAGCUCCGGGAAUACAACGGUAGUCAUCGAGGAUGAAGGUACCGGGGGUGCGCGGCGGCUGUUGUUGUUGUUGUCGUUGAUCAUGGUUCCGAUCCUGGUAUCGAUAACUACGGCUGGCGUUCUCUACUCGGGACGAAGGAAGAAGAGGAUGGAUCGACCGCCUCCAUUCAAACCCCCUCCUCCUCCAGUCAAGUAUACAGCUGCAAGACACCAAGAGAUUUCAACACGAUAUUCGAGAUGUAACUCUGUGACUGAACCUCUAGAGAUGAAACACAUGUGCGUUAAUGUGUAAUGCUUAAUAUAUUAUCAAUGACGCUCGACGCGUUGCACGUCUCUGUGGGAAUUUAGUGUGUAUCCUAUUCUGGUCACAUGCAGAAUUACAAAUCACUUUCAGUUAUGGUCAAACUGUGGUCACAACAACGACAACUGUCCAAAUGUGGUAUGUGUGACUCACUGGAGGGGGUUGUAUGCUUUGUGUAUAGCUAUGGUGUAAAAACACCAUCAUGUUGAUAACCUUUCUAAAUAAAAGUUGGUUUAAUUUGACUAUGGGCUGCUGUAUAGCAGUGGUGUAAAAACACAAUGAUGUUGCUAACAUUUCAAAAUAAAAGUUGGUUUAAUUCGACUAUGCUGCUGUAUAGGAGUGGUGUAAAAACACAAUCAUUUUGCUAACCUUUCAAAAUAAAAGUUGGUUUAAUUCGACUAUGGGCUGCUGUAUAGCAGUGGUGUAAAAACACAAUCAUUUUGCUAACCUUUCAAAAUAAAAGUUGGUUUAAUUCGACUAUGGGCUGCUGUAUAGGAGUGGUGUAAAACUAAAAACACAAUCAUGUUGCUAAGCUUUCAAAAUAAGAGUUGGUUUAAUUUGACUGAGGUUUAGUGGGCCAUCUUUAAAGUAGAAUAUUGGCGUCAGGGGGGCGGGGCCUACGGUGAACGGAUGGGUGUAAAGAGGGCGUCGGUGUAUAAAUGGAUGAAUGACAUGAAGUGUUCAAAAUGCCUUCAAUGCUCGCAGGACUAGAAAGUACAAGUCUAUUGAGCAUUUAAAUUGAGCAAUUACACUGAAGGUGCUUGUGUUAUUUACUUUUUCUUUUUUUAUGGUAUGCGUAUACAUUGUCCUUUUUUUGAUAAAGUCCAAGCUACUAUCUCUUAUGCAGCAAUGAAUAAAUAUUUCCAGACAAACAACACA